AUGUCUUGUCCUCCUCCUCGAAGGAGGAGGACAAGACCUCUAUUCGCGCAAAAUGAAAAGGACAAAAAGGACCCAAACGUGGACUACGAGAUUCUGCUCAGAGGAUUACGAGCCUGUGCUGAACGUGCUUCGAAGCCACGCACAACAAACUUGGAUCGAAUUUCGAAGACCACCAAGGAAUUGUUGGAAAGAAGAAGGGCUUUGAGGCUUGAUCCGAAUGCAUCGCACAUUGAGCGCCCCACUGGUGAAGCUCCACCACGGAUUUUCCCUUCGGAAGUACGAGUCGCUAUCAAGAGUAUGAAACCUGGCAUAGCCCCCGGACCUGAUUUUAUAUCAGCAGACUUUCUUCGGGCUGGCCAUCCACUUCAUGUAAUCUUAGCAGCGCACAUGACAUUCUACCUUAGAAAGAAAGGAUCCCAGAGCAGUGGGGGUACGAAAAGGCGAUACUAUAUCGCCGAAGUGUUCACGGCUGCAUUGCAAUGGAUAAUGAAAUCACUGUCCUGGGAAGAAAAGGGCAUACGUGUUGAUGGAAGAUUUCUUUCAAACCUUCGUUUCGCGGACGACAUCGCUCUCUUUUCGAGCAGUACCAAUGAAGCAGAAACGAUGCUCAACGAAUUGAACGAAACAGGGAAGAGAAUAGGACUACGAAUAAACAGAAAGAAGACACAGUUCAUGAAGAACGCCCACUGCGAGGACGGAAGAAUACAACUUGAAGGCUCCCAAAUCGUGGAAACUCCGUCAUACGUAUACCUCGGACGUUCUAUGAACAUGGAAAACGACUUGAAGGAAGAAAUGAAUAGAAGAAUGAGAGCAGCAUGGGUAGCAUUCGCAGCCGUCAGAGAAGCUACGGACUAA